AUGCAGGAUGCCGCUAAAAUAACUCGCUUUCAAGAUGUGCCUAUGCAAACAGUGAAGAGACCCUUCUUAAGGCAGUUGCUAAUCAUUAUGUUUCCAUUGAUCCUAGAGAUUCUGAUUCUCAAUUCUAUUCAAGCGGUGUCUUUAAGGGGGAGUUGUGGAACAAGCCUCGAUCAUGGUGUUACCGAUGUUGGUUCUGGGGUCAUUAUGGGAUCAAGUAUUGGUUAG